AGCACGCCCGCGACCUUAGUGAGGAGAAGCGGUCCGGAAAAUGGGUGGAUGGAUGGAUGGAUAGUUUAACAUCGUGCAAUCGUGAAAGACCAAAUGUAUCUUGUAGUCUGACGUGUCUGUCCCACACAGCCAACAUGUUUUGUUUUUUUAAAUAACUUUAUUGACGGUCAGUCGCCAAGGCUGAAAAUAAACUAGCUUUUGGAUUCAAAUAUACUGUACACGAUGGCAAUGCGGAGUAAAUGUCUUUUGCGGAGCCGAUCCAUGACGUCAUUGAUCAGAUCGCCGAAUUAUGACAUUAAAGCCGAUCAGGAUAAAAUGCCAAUUAUCGGCUGAUAUCGAUCAAGCCAAUCAGAUUGGUGUAAAGUCCAGUUACCAGUUGACGAGAGAUCUUCAAUGGGAAUGAUUUCUGGUAUAGUUUUGUCUAUCAUACUCGUCUAAUAUUCCUCAUCUUCCCCUCAUGGGGUUUACACAUAGUCUUCAUCCAUCCAUCCAUUUUCUAUACCGCGUAUCCUCAUAUUUAUUUUCAGUGUUGACCAGCCCGACUAAAUCUCACUAUAUCACUGUAGUUGUUUGUGGAACAGAUUAAGUGAGGCCAGUGGAUGAUUUGGGUUUUAGCACAAGGUCCAGCCUUCACAGAGCUCAUGUGAUAUAACCGAGUGUGCGCUUGUGUGGGAGGUAACCUGCAAAGUUAACCCACAAAUGUAAACAAACUUUGAUAUGAGGCAGGGGAAGGCGAUCUUCAUGGGGGUAGAGAAUCCGGAGCUGUUUUUUGUUUUGUUUUGUUUUUUGCUGAAAGAUCCGCACGCAUUAACCAGUCUCCAACUCGGCUCUGAGACAACUACAUGUACACUCACGAGGAGCACAGCUGAUGACACCCAAUCAGAGUAAUAAAAAGAGGCAAAAGGUGGAGUGGAGCAAAAAGGAUUGUGGGAAAAUAAACCAAAAGCACCUUUCCUCCCCUGUGAGCCGUGUAACCAAUGGCAGCCUCGGUCCAGACGCUUCCUCGACCUAGUAAAAACUUCCAAAGCCCGUUCCCAGCGCCGUCCUUUUCACCCCGCUACAACAUGGGAAGUGUCGGCAGUCUGGUGGAGAGGCCCGACGUGUCUCCUACGAAAGUGAACCAGGCCGUUCCCCAGGUGAGGCCCAAACCGUCCAACGGGCUCCUAAAAAAAGGUUUCACCCAGAGAGAGCUUCUCAACUACCUCAACAUCCCCAGAAAAGAGCCUAAAGCCAACCAGAGGAGUGGCUCCAACAAGGACAUCAUCGCCUCUGUCGGCGCGCAUAAGGAAGAAAACCUGUAUGCUAAGGUCUUCCACAAAGAUGGCACAGAAAUUGAUUUGACAAAGAACUCACUGCCAAGUGGGGGCAAGUAUGAAAAGGCUCACUUUAGGUCAUCUGCCUUCAUACCUGUCACUCCCAAAAACUUCAGUUCCAUGCAGAACCUGUGUCCAUCUUCCAAAUCAGAGAACCAGGUGGACCACGGGCUAUCUAAUGGGCUGCACAAAGCCUACGCCCAUGUCUCUAAAACUAUGUCCAGUUUCUCUUCCUCAUCGUCGCCCUCUCGUCAUGGAGGGUCAAUCACUGGUAACAAGGCACCUUCUUCCAUGCGCAAGACGAGCCAGGAGGAUGACAACCUGUCGGACUCAGGCCAUAACUCCAUGAGCAGUCUGCCGCCGUAUCGCCCCUCCUUUCGCCCAAACCUGGCUCACAUCAGUGCAUCUAUGGGCCACAUCAAUACUAUCGGCUCCCUGGACCGCACCUCUAUUAGCGCCAAAGCAGUUGGGUCAGGAGGCGGAGCCUUAGGGGAAACGCCAUGUCGGAGCAUGGCAACCCUCAGCCGCCUGGUGCCAUAUGGAGGGGAGGCUCCACCUCCUUAUGACUGGACCCUCUCCGUGUCUGUAGAGGAAGUGGUGCGGGAUCUGGAGGAGCGGCUGGUGGAGAAAGAACACGAGCUGAAGCAGAUGAGAAGAAACCUGGAUGAGAGCGAGGGCGCCAUCGCUCAGGUGUUUGAAGGCAAACAGCGUCUGUGGGAAAACGAGGUGGAGGAGCUGAAGCGCCUCUACGCUGCCAAGCUCCGGCAGGUUUCCCAGCAUGCCCAGCGAUCCCAGCGUGGUUUCCAGGUCCAGCUCUACAAGGUCCAGCAGGAGAAGAGCCGACUCCAAGAAGAGCUUGAGGGGCUUAAAAGAAUCCAGGAGGGCGAAAUCAAGGAGAAGCCAACUAGUCCGACCCUAGAGGAGACACAAUGGGAGGUUUGCCAGAAGUCUGGAGAGAUCUCCUUGCUCAAGCAGCAGUUUCGAGACUCUCAGGCUGAGGUGACCCACAAGCUGAGCGAGAUCUUCCAGCUCAAGACGCAGCUCCGGGAGACACGCCUGGAGCUGCGCAACAGGGACAGCCAGGUAGAUGCGCUGAAGCUCAUCUUGCAUGGUUCCCAGCGUCACAGAAGACCCUCUCAGAGCACCAGCGACCACGGGAAAGGAGAUGAGAGCGUUUCGACUGGGACAACAGGAGGGUCUGUAGGCCCGACAGAAGAGCGUCUGCGCGCCGAGCUACUACUGGAGCGGCGCCAGAGUGAGGCUCAGGCCGCAGCUUUCGAGGAGGAGAGGCAGACAUGGCAGACAGAGAAGGACAAGGUCAUCCGCUACCAGAAGGAGCUGCAGGCCAGCUAUUUAGAGAUGUGCCACCGCAACGCAGAGCUGGAGAGGGAGGUGCAGCAGUUGAAAGCCGGCCAAGAGAAAGGAGAAGGAGGAGGAGGGGGGAGCAGAGACGGGACUUUGGAAAGAGAAGAGCAAGAGCUGAGGAGCAAAACGGUAAAACAAGAGGACAGUCCACCCUGUGGUUUGCCAUGGAUUGACAGAAUGGAAUCCUCUGAAAUUUGAACAUGACGACGAUGAGGCAGGCUGCGAGCAAAAGUUAGAAUAGGAAAACUUUUAGAUUCAAGUUAUAUUACGUGGCAACCAUGAUUGUACAAUUCCAAUGAAGUGGGGACGUUGUGUAAAGUGUAAAUAAAAACAGAAUACAAUCAUUUGCAAAUCCUUUUCAAAAUACUGUAUAUUCAAUUGAAAACACAACAAAGACAAGAUCCAUCCAUCCAUCCAUUUUCAACACCGCUUAUCCUGGUUAGGGUCGUGGGACACUGGAGCCUAUCCCAGCUGACUCCGGGCAAAAGGCGGACUACACCCUGAAGUGGUCGCCAGUCAGUCGCAGGGCACAUAUAGACAAGGACAACCAUUCACACUCACAUUCACACCGUCACUGAGUGGGAACUGAACCCACGCACCAAAUUAAGGCGAGGGUACCACGACACCAUCAGUGACUUACAGACAAGCUCAAACUGAUAUCUUUUUUUUUCUUUUUUUGCAAUUAUCUCAUUUAGGUGGCACGGGGGACGACUGGUUAGAGCGUCUGCCUCACAGUUCUGAGGACCGGGGUUCAAUCCCCGGCCCUGCCUGUGUGGAGUUUGCAUGUUCUCUCCGUGCCAGCGAGGUGUUUUCUCCGGGCACUCUGGUUUCCUCCCACAUCCCAAAUGCAUGGUAGGUUAAUUGACGACUCUAAAUUGCCCGUAGGUGAGAAUGUGAGUGCGAAUGGUUGUUUGUUUGUAUGUGCCCUGCGAUUGGCUGGCAACCAGUUCAAGUGUACCCCGCCUCCUGCCCGAUGAUAGCUGGGAUAGGCUCCAGCAUGCCCGCGACCCUUGUGUGGAGAAGCGGCUCAGAAAAUGGAUGGAUGGAUGGAUACUACCUCAUUUUGAAUUUGAUGCCUGCAACACAUUAAAAAAAGGCUGGGAAAGGGGCAUGUUUACCACUGUCUUACAUCAGCUUUCUUUUUAACAACACCCAAUAAGCAUUGGGGAACUGAAGACACUAACUGUUGAAGCUUUGUAGGUAUAAUUCUUUCCCAUUCUUGCUUGAUGUACAACUUUAGUUGCUCAGCAGUCCAGGGUCUCGGUUGUCGUAUUUUGCACUUCAUGAUGUGCCCUUCAUUUUCAAUGGGAGACAGGUCUGGACUGCUGGCAAGCCAGUCUAGUACUCACUCUCUUUUACUAAGAAGCCAUGCUGUUGUAACAUGUGGGUUGGCAUUGUCUGAUUGAAAUAAGCAGGAACGUCCCUCAAAAAGACGUUUCUUGGAUGGCAGCAUAUGUUAUGUGUUUUUUGAGAAUUCCUCAACUUUCCCAGUCUUUUGUAGCCCCUAUCUGAGCUUUUUGGGAAUGUGGUGCAAACAUCAAAUUAAAAAUAAAAGAAUAUUUGCAACAACAACAACAAAAAUAAUAAUAAUAAUCCAUCCAUCCAUUUUCUGAACCGCUUAUCCUGAAGCGGGUCGCAGGAGUGCUGGAGCCUAUCCCAGGUAACUUUGAUAAUGAUUAUUUGUUUGAACAUUAUAUAUCUUGUCUUUGUAGUGUAUUAAAUUUAAUAUAGGUUGAAAAUAAUUUGCAAAUAAUUGUAUUCUGUUUUUAUUUAUUUUGUACACAGUGUCCCAACUUGAUUAGAAUUGGGGUUUCUUCUCACCAAUCUAAGAUCUUCUUCCAUGAGGUGCUAACCUCCGUCAAUGCUCAACAAUCCACAUUGAAUCAGCAACACACUGCACACCACCUUUUAGAUACCUGUGCACCUCCUUCAUAUGUUCUGGGAUUUUGUCAUUACGAUUCAUGCAUUAUCUACUAUAAAUAUAAGGAAAUUGUGGAUAUGAGUACUAUACUUCUGGCAUAAUAUUGCUCCAUAUACUCUUUGGGGGAGGUAAAACUUUGACAUUAAAAAAAGAAAAAAUACUGAAUAUUUCUACUUUUAAAUCACAGCCUUUCUAUUUUGUUGAUUGGAACGAAACAGUCUGAAACAACAGAAGACACAAUUAUAAUCCUGCAUUAUACAGUAAGUCUUCCUAAAUGUGAAUCUGUACAUAAACAAAUGAUUGUUGUGAGAAAUGUUGUUGUUAUUCUACCUUUGUUGUACAGUUUUGACAAUAACCAAAGGAUUCUCAAGGGAUUUAGUUAGGGCCUGAAAAGCUUUUCCGGAUUCAGGGAGAGAAGCUGCAUGCUGAGGUUCGGUAUCAACAAGGACUGAUGUUUGGUGCCAAGAUUUAAUACUUUUUUUUGUGAAAACAGCCACUACUUAUUAAACAGAUUAUGUUGAAAGUGUAUUUUAUUUCUCAGUUUCAUAUAUUUUGUAAAUAACUGGAUUGUCUUUCACAUCACUGUACUCCAAGCACACCAUUGAUAUUUCUUUCUAUUUAUGACACUGCCCUGCUUAAUGAUAUGAUUUAUUGUAGUCUUCUGAACAAAAAUCCAGUGCAUGAUGAACUAUAUUUUUUACACAUAAAAGCAUUCAAAAGCCAGUUGUUAUUUGAACCUUCCACAGCCUGUGACUCUUAUCUGCUUACUGGAGUUUAAGCCGCACAUCUUGGUCUGAAUAAAACUGAAU